UAUGUUUUGGCAGCAUCAGAGGAGAUCAAGAAGACGGCUCACUGGGAGGUCGAUGUUCAAGUGGAACUUUUCAAUGCAAAAACUGGAGUAUCUUGUCUGCAGAAAAUACGAUCCUCGUCUCCUCUCACAUUGACACCGUUUUCUCAGCGGAAGGAGCUGGAGAUUGCAGUUCUUGUGUUGCGGUUAUGUUGGAACUUGCUCGUGGGGUUUCUCAGUGGGCUCAUGGAUUUAAGAAUGGUGUUAUAUUUUUGUUUAAUACUGGGGAGGAAGAGGGACUCACUGGUGCUCACAGCUUUGUAACUCAG